CACUAAAUUGUUUUUUUCUGUGAAACUGGAGGGACCUACGAAGGGCAAAGACCAAAGAAAACAAUUUCAGUUUCACUUGCCCCUUCUGCAAGUGCCACUUGUUCAUAUAUAUAAGACAUAUGAAUCUCUCAACUCUCAACUUUUUCUUCCUCUGCUGUUUUUCUUUUCCUCAGAAUCUAUGGUUUUUUCCAGAAUCUUGUGUUGUACUCAAUUGGUCCCAACAGGGUUUUAGUGUUUUUUUUUUCUUCUUUCUUUUAGCUCUAGCUAUAGUUCUAAACUUCUGAAGUCUUGGCCUCCUGCAAUUUCUCUCUGUUUCAGAAAUUCUUUUGCCUGAUAUGGAAAAUGAAGAAGACCAUGACCACCUUGCUAAGAAAAAUGAAAAAAGUGCUUCCUCGACCAGCAUGAGUGUUUCUCAACAGGUUGGAGAUUCAACUGAAAUAAUUGAAGAAAGGCCACCUGGUCCACAGCAGAGUCCAAAAUCCCAUGUUUUUGAAAAACCAUCAAUAAUUAUCGAGGAUGCCACAGAGGAUUAUGUGAGAAUAAACUUGCCCCAAACACCAAAUCGCACCCCUAAAAGAGUAAAUUUUUCCCCAUUACCGAGCCCUAGUUUCGGGAAAGUUAAUUUGUCUCCUGAUCCCUCGUCCUCGAAAAAUAAAUUUACAAUAAAAAGUCUUCUUCCAAAACUAAGUUUUAAACGUCAAAGUACAACUUCAGACAUCGAGAAAGCAGCUAUCAUAGCACUAGGAGGUUCACCUACAGGGAUAUGGGAGAAACGUCGGCUUCCAAGGACAUUGUCUCUUACAAAGCUAUUCACCCUGAAAAUGAAUGAAGCUUCAUCCGGACCUGUAACACCACAUGCUCACUCAAAUCCAGAGUCUUUGCAUGGAGGAAACAUGCACAGUCCGUUAAGUUCUGUUAAAGGAGGGUUCCGUCAAUCUAUUCAUCGUUCACACUCAGUCCCUGAACUUAGGAAAGAAGGAAGCCUAUCUGUACGUAGUGGCUUUCGUGUAAUUUCUACUACUCCACAAAGGGCUGAGGGGACUGUCAUGACAACAACAAACACAUCCCUGGAAGAUGAUAUUGAUGGAAAUGAUGAUGAUGUUGAAAAUAUACCUGAAGAAGCAGCUGUUUGUAGAAUCUGCCUUGUUGAACUGGGGGAAGGUGCUGACACCCUCAAGAUGGAAUGUAGCUGCAAAGGUGAACUUGCUUUGGCCCACAAAGAAUGCGCAAUAAAAUGGUUUAGCAUUAAAGGAAAUAAAAUAUGUGAUGUGUGCAAGCAAGAGGUUCAGAACCUACCUGUCACCCUUCUACGAAUUCAAAAUGUUCCAGUCCAUAACUUGCAAGGAAGUGGUCAGCAACCUGAGGUUGCCAGAUAUAGGAUAUGGCAGGAUGUUCCUGUUCUUGUCAUUGUUAGCAUGCUUGCCUACUUUUCUUUUCUGGAGCAGCUUCUGAUUUCAAAAAUGGGAUCAGGUGCAAUUGCCAUAUCUCUUCCAUUUUCCUGCAUAUUGGGUCUACUAGCAUCCAUGACAGCCACAACAAUGGUAAGCAGAAAAUAUGUCUGGAUUUAUGCAGCCAUUCAAUUUGGUCUGGUGGUUCUCUUUGGACACAUUUUUUACUCAUUGGUUCACGUUCAGGCUGUUUUAUCUGUUCUUAUUGCUGCGCUUGCUGGGUUUGGAUUUACCAUGUGUACACAUUCUGCUAUUGUUGAGGCCCAGAACUGGAGGCAGAGGCGUCUUUCUCGGUUAAAUCAACAACGUGGUUCUCAGGAGGAGACACAGCCAGGCCGAUCAUCUGAAACUGCACUUCAAUUUGACACGGAUCCUCACCACCGUGAAAGUGAAAGGGGAGAUAGAGAAGUUAUCCAUGUCACGACGAGGUAUUUUUAGAUUAAUUAAUGCCACAAACAGUGGCAUAAUAAGGCAGGGUUUGGCUCUAUUAAUAGUAAAUCUAUUAUGAAUGUUUGGUUCUCUAGUCUGUAGCCCCCUUUUGGGCCCAUGCGCCUUCUACACAGGGAGAAAUCCUCACUAUAUCUCUGCAUUGAAGGAAGGGGGUAGGGGAGGGGUAAGUCAUUGUAACAUUGUGGUAAAUUAAUAAAGAUGCGUGAGAAUUCUACUGUACUGGUUCAGAAUGCAGGUUUUUCUUCAGGACAAGUAGGAUUUUUGUUGUAUUGCAUAUUCAGGACCUGCUUAUACAAUAGAACAAGUUGGUCAAUCUCAGGCAAUCAAGCACACACAAGAAAGGAGAAUAACCAAAUGUAUAAACUAGCUUUGAUUUUGCGUUGUUCGAUACAUGUAACUAAAACUGCCAACAUUUUCCCCCUCCUCUAAGACAGUUUGGAGGGCUGUUGUAUUUCUCCACCUUGGUGCUUUUGUUUUUUGAAACAAACCUAUACUAGUGGUAA